ACCGACAUCUUAUGAAUCGGCAAACUAAAAUGGACAGGAAUGGGUGGAUUUAAUUCAGAUGACCAUCAGGUAUAAGAAUCCCUCAGAAGAAAUGGAGUAGCCUUCAUAGUCAACAAAAGAGUAGGAAAAGCAAUACUGGGAUACAAUCCCCAAAAUUACAGAAUGAUCUCAGUUCAAAUCCAAGGCAAACCAUUCAACCUCACAAUAGUCCAAGUCUAUGCCCAAACUAAGGGUGCUGAAGUGGAUGAAAUUGACAGAAUUUAUGAAGCCCUAAAGCACCUUAUAGAAUUAACAGCCAAAAAUGAUGUCCUUAUCAUCAUGGGAUAUUGGAAUGCUAAAGUAGGAAGUCAAAAGACAACCAGAAUAACAGACAAGUUUAGCCUUGGAAUACAAAAUGAAGCAGGGCACAGGCUGGUAGAAUUUUGUCAAGAGAAUACGAUGGUUACAGCAAUCACUCUUUUCCAACAACCCAAGAGAUGCCUCUACACAUGGACAUCACCAGAUGGUCAACACAGAAAUCAGAUUGACUAUGUGCUCUGCAGCCAAAGUUGAAGACGCUCUAUACAGUCAGUAAAAACAAGAUCAGAAGCUGAUGGCUCAGAUCAUGAGCUUCUCAUCACAAAAUUUAGGCUUAAAUUGAAGAAAGUAGAGAAAAUCAUUAGGCCACUCAGAUAUGAACUAUAUCAUAUCCCUAAUGAAUGUACAAUAGAAGUGAUAAAUAGAUUUAAGGAAUUAGAAUCUGAUAGAUAG